AUAAUGCCUCAAUAUGAAAAAGCCGCGAUAAGGAUGAAUUCUUCUUACAUUGUGUAGUAGCAGUCAAUUAUUAACUAAAGAGGUAUCCAAGAGGGUUUAAAUUUUAAUAUAUAUAUAUAUAUAAAAAUUUAAUAGUAUUAAAAAUGCUAGGAGGUAAAGGAAGAGGUAAGGCAAAAAGUAAAAGUCAACCUAAAACAUCACCUGCAUCAGCUGAAUCUCCAAAAACACCAACUACAUCUGGUACAUCUUCAAAAACACCAACCACAUCAGGUCCAUCUCCAAGAAAAUCAAUUGCAUCAGGUACAUCUACAAAACCACUUCCAAUCCCAUCUGAUACACCUCCAAAAAUAGCAACCACAUCAGGUAUAUCUCCAAGAAAAUCAAUUACACUAGUUAAAUCUCCAAGUUCACCAACCAAAUCUGGUACACCUCCAAAAAAAACAACCACAUCAGGUAAAUCUCCAAGUACACCAAUCGCAUCAGGUACAUCUUCAAAAAUACCAAUCCUAAUCCCAUCUCCACAAAAACCAACUGCAUCAAGUACAUGUGCAAAAACGCUAGUCGGGUCAGGCACAACUGCAAAAACACCAACCGCAUCAGGUAAAUCUCCAAGUACACCAAUCGCAUCAAGUACAUCUUCAAAAAUACCAAUCCUAAUCCCAUCUCCACAAAAACCAACUGCAUCAAGUACAUAUGCAAAAACGCUAGUCGGGUCAGGCACAACUGCAAGUACACCAACUGCAUCAGUUAAAUCUCCAAGUCCACCAACCAAAUCUGGUACACCUCCAAAAAAAACAACCGCAUCAGGUAUACCUCCAAAAAGACCACAGACAUUAUCAUUUCAUACACAUUGUUUUUCUCCAUCAAAAAGAGAAAGUGCAUCAGGUAAAUCUCCAAGUACACCAAGCACAUCUGGUACACCUCCAAAAAGAGCAAAAGCAUCAGGUAAAUCUGCAAGUACACCAAGCACAUCUGGUACUCCUCUAAAAGGAGCAAGCACAUCAGGUAAAUCUCUAAGUACACCAACCACAUCUGGUACACCUCCAAAAAGAGCAAGCGCAUCAGGUAAAUCUGCAAGUACACCAAGCACAUCUGGUACUCCUCCAAAAGGAGCAAGCGCAUCAGGUAAAUCUCUAAGUACACCAACCGCAUCUGGUACACCUCCAAAAAGAGCAAGCGCAUCAGGUAAAUCUCCAAGUACACCAAUCGCAUCAAGUACAUCUUCAAAAAUACCAAUCCUAACCCCAUCUCCACAAAAACCAACUGCAUCAAGUACAUAUGCAAAAGCGCUAGUCGGGUCAGGCACAACUGCAAGAACACCAACCACAUCAGGUACAUCUCCAAGUACACCAAUCACAUCAAGUACAUCUGCAAAAACACCAACUACAUUAGAUAUAUCAGAUACACUUCCAAAACUAGCUGCAUUAGAUUUAUCAGGUACACUUUCAAGAACAACAAUUGCAUUAGAUAUAUCAAGUACACUUCCAAGAACAACAACUGCAUCAGAUACAUCUGAAAAAUUUGCAGUAACAUCAGAUACAUCUGCAAGAAUACCAACUACAUCUGGAACAUCGAAUGCACCAUCAGAAUGUAUUGCACCAAAAAUUCCUGUUUGGCCCCGGGAACCAACUGCUUCGUUAGAAGCUUCUACAUCUCAACUAUCUUUAUCUGAGUCGCCUGUUUUGUCUCAGCCAAUUUCGUUGCAGUCUAGACCAACUCAUCUUGAAUUGUCGAAACCUGGACCAUCAAGUCAGCCUUCUUUACGAGGACGUGGUGAUAGACGAAAACCUUUUGAAGGAUCUCUUUAUGAAUCUCAAGUUCCUGAUGUCAGAGCUAGUGGAGAUACUUCGUUUGGUAGAGGUGCCAUACGAGGUAGAAGAUUCCUAUGUACAGAUUCCUUAUUAGUCACAAGACCAGAAAAUCUCCCUACAAAAAAGGGAGUUACUGGUAACCAAAUUAUGCUUCAAUCCAAUUAUUUUAAGUUACCAUGUUCUGCCGAUUGGACUCUUUUUCAAUUUAGAGUUGAUUUCGCUCCAGAAGAAGAUAGUAUCCAUGGUAGGAAAAAAUUACUUAAACUUCAUAAAGAAAAAUUGGGCGUAUAUAUUUUUGAUGGUACUGUAUUAUAUACAACUAAUCGUUUACCCAAAAAUAUGGAUCUUUUAUCAAUAAGAGAAACCGACAGUGCAAAAAUUCAAAUUACUGUAAAAUUUGCCAGAGAGGUUCCUAAGAAUGAUUUUUAUUAUUUACAAUUUUUUAAUUUAAUAAUGAGGAAAUGCUUGGAAUUUUUAAACCUACAAUUAGUUGGUCGUAAUUUUUACGAUCCGCAUAACAAGAUAGAUAUUAGUCAAUUUAAAUUGGAAUUAUGGCCAGGUUAUUUUACAGCUAUUAAAGAACAUGAACAAAACAUUCUUAUGUGCGCGGAAAUAACACACAAAGUUAUGCGUCAGGAAACACUGUUAGAUAUAUGGAUAAAUUGUUUAGAAACAGAUGAUAAACCAAUGCAAGUGUUUACUGACCUAGUCAAGGGAACUGUGGUACUUACUGGUUACAACAAUAAUACGUAUAGUAUCCAAGAUAUUGAUUUUCAAUUAAAUCCAAAAUCUACAUUUAAACUUAAAUCAGGAGAGUCAAUUUCGUAUCAGGAUUAUUAUAGGGAUAGAUAUCAACUUAGAGUUUCGUACGCAAAUCAGCCUUUGCUUAUUGCAAAACCAAAGCAAAAGAUACGUACUAUGAAUACAAAUGUAUCGGAUCAGAUGAUUUAUUUAGUUCCUGAAUUUUGUCGUGCGACAGGUUUGACGGAAAAAAUGCGAUCAAAUUUUAAUCUGAUGCAAACUUUAUCUGCACAUACGCGAGUCUCUCCAGAGGCACGAAUAAAAAAAUUAUUACACUUUAAUAGAAGACUCUGCUCUGAACCAAAUGUCAUAUCGGAGUUAAAGAAUUGGAAUCUUAAAUUGGAAAGUAAAUUGAUCGAUGUUCCAGCACGUGUAUUACCUGCUGAAAAUAUUUGUUUCGGUACACGGUCUAAAUCUACUACAUUAGAAGCAAAUUGGACAAAAGAAUUACGUUUUAACAAAUUAGUUACUUGUACCCCCUUGGAUAAUUGGGUUUUAAUACAAACAGAAUAUACACAACCUGAUUCCAAGGUUUUCGUAAAAAAUCUAAUACAGGCUGCUGAAGGGAUGGGAUUUAUUAUAAGACGUCCAGAAGAAGUGAUUAUACGUGACGACAGAUACAACACAUAUGUUGAUGCAAUAGAAACUUAUUUGAGUAAAAAAAGACCGCAAUUUGUUUUUUGUAUUCUUCCGCAAAUUCGUUCUGACCGUUAUGGUGCUAUAAAAAAGAAAUGUUGUGUAGACCGUCCAAUUCCAUCUCAAGUAAUAGUAAAGAAAAAUUUAAUUAAAGGAGGAUUGUCUGUAUCUACGAAGGUAGCUAUUCAAAUCAAUUGCAAAUUGGGUGGAGUUCCAUGGUAUGUGGAAAUACCACUUCAAGGUUUAAUGGUAGUAGGUUUUGAUGUUUGCCAUAGUAAACAAUCAGGCAAUUAUGCUGCUACAGUAGCAUCUAUAAAUAAUAAUUUAAGCAGAUAUGUAAGCGCUGUAAGUGCACAUACUUAUGGUGAAGAAUUAUCAAACGAUAUAUCUGCUCAUAUUUAUAAAUUCGUAAUGGUAUAUAGAAGUGUGAACAAAACAUUACCCGAUCGUAUAGUGAUCUAUCGCGAUGGCGUUGGAGAAGGUCAAAUAGAGCAAGUCUAUCAACACGAGGUAAAGCACAUAAGACAAAGCCUUCAAAAAUUGUAUAAAGAACAAGUAGUAAGAUUGGCUGUUAUAAUCGUAAACAAACGAGUUAAUAGUAGAUUGUUUUAUCGUGAACGUAAUCCACCACCUGGCACGGUAGUGGAUGACGUGAUUACUAAUCGAGUAAAAUACGAUUUCUUUAUUGUAUCCCAAAAUGUUAAACAGGGCACUGUUACACCAACCUCAUAUAGUGUAAUUGAUGAUAAUGUUGGUCUUGAUGCAGAUAAAAUGCAACGACUUACAUAUAAAUUGACACAUAUGUACUAUAAUUGGUCUGGUACUGUAAGAGUACCAGCUCCAUGUCAAUAUGCACAUAAGCUUGCAUAUUUAAUUUCUGAAAACAUUAAAACUAUACCGAGUGUUCGUUUGGAACAACUUUUAUAUUUUUUGUAAUUUGGAAUCUUUAUAUCUAUCGUUUAAUAUUGUUAAUGAUAUGCGCCCAUCGUACGUAAAUAUACGUAUAUAACAGGUUGGUGAAUUAGUAAAAAUUAACACCUGAAAGUGCUGCUCCGUAUUUUGAAUAAAUAUUUUAUUUUUUGUUUUGUUUAUUAAACCAAUUCGUUAGAAAAGAAGUUCUUUUUCUUUUUAUUAUAAAAAUUUUUUUUAAUAUGUCUCCAUUUUUUAACGGGAAAUUCUUUUUCACUGUCAUGUCCAAUAUUAUAAUAUCUUUUAUUACCACUUAAUUCAGCAACUUCCAUUCUACUUAUUGCAUUAGCCUAAAUUUGCACGAAUAUGGGAGACAUGAUUGCGCUGCGUUGCUGUGUGAAAAAUGACUAAUUGUGUUCAUCAGUCAACGUGUUAAAAAAAAAAAUUCGAUACAAUUGUUUUUUACAAUUAGGUGUAAUUCUUGCAAUAGUGCAAUUUAUAUAAGAAUUUUUUCAAAAACGGAGUAAUUGCAGAUGACAAUUGUUAUUGACGUAACAUCUAUAUACAUAUUUACACGUAUUAAAUGGAAACUUGACAUAAAAUCAAAAAAUAUAUUAUUGUUUAUUUCUAAAGAU